GACGAAACAUACAAGACGGUUUUUCAUUUCAAAACCCCAGGGCUGUGGAAGGAACAGAGAGUUCCUUUUUUAUACCUAAACUUGUCCACUUCUGGCUUCAUAGCCAGACCAAAAGAACCGGCCUUUCACCCCGUCAUUCCCACUUUUAGUGCAUCUUUUCCCCCAGCUGUUUGCAGCUGGCAGAGAGCACCCGCCCUGUUCGGGAAAAAGGGACCGAGAGUGACCGGAGGAGGAGAGAGAUGGCACCCCAACCUUCCCAGCCGCAGGUGAGGAACAAUAUCCUGAAGUUCCUCAAGAGUUUUUUGGGACUUAUCCGGAUCCUGCAGAUUGUGUUCGGAGCCGGACUGUGGGUCACCAUCGCCGCCAACAAAUACGAAGGAUCCAUCCACUUCGUCCUGUUCGUCGCAGUGCUCUUCUGGCUCCUCACCCUCGCUCUUUUCUUCCUCACCCUGCUGGACAAGCAGGACCUGGUCCCGCUGCUGGGAGGGGAGCGCUGGUUGUCCACCAACCUGGCGCACGACGUGGCCGCCGCUGUGCUCUACCUGCCGGCCGUAGGUGUCAUGAUCUACAAGACGGAUCGCAACUCGUACUGCAACUUGGAUCUGUACAAGCACCUCUGCCUGUACAAGGUCUACCUGACGGCCGCCGUGUUCGCCUGCCUGUGCUGCCUGGCUUACCUGGCGGCGGUUAUUUAUGGAGCGUGCAGGAAGUGUCGGGGAGAGCAGACGGUCAUCUGAUGAGACUGAAGGGGGGGGGGGUUCUUCCAGGGGGGUAUCCACAGCAAGAUGAGGAAUAGUUCACUUCACUGUAAUUUAACUCAACGGCUACUCUAAUCACAGGUGUGUCUCUAUUGUCUCUCCACUUCAAGCUUUCCACUUUGUUGGUGAAGCCAAACAAACAUCCAAAAAUCACUCAGUCCUGUUGCUGACAUGAAAAUACCCAAGCAGCUCCUGGCACAAAGGCCACCCAGCAUUGGAGUCUGAUUGGAAAUGUGUUAGGGGGACCUGAGCAUUGUACCUUUUUAUUAAGGCACAGGUCACCAUUCCUCCACCUCUUGCAUUUUUAUCCCAGUAAUUUAAUGUCAUUUUCCCUCAUAAAGAAUCAUUAUAAUUUCCCUGUAAGUGCAUAUUAUAGUGGGGAAGUAUAUUCAGUGUUUACAAUACAAUGGCCUUAACAUACACGUAUAGAUUUGUGUCAGUAUACUGAGUAACUGUCCUUCUAAAACCUCUCAUAGGAUUUCUUUUUUUCACAAGGGAUACUUACCUUUUUUUAAAGUAUAUAUUUUUAUGUGUUUACAUAUUUUUUAUGACAGCAAAACUAUACUGAAGCAUGACGGACUAAAACACUUGUGGGUCUCCUUUCGACCAGCUCUGUUUUUAUUUUGUCUGACUCGAACGUUGCAAACCGUUUUAUCAGUGCCUUCUGUCAGAAUGCUGUAUACUCAACAAGGUUGUGACAGCAACAACCCAACAUGAUGGGUGUAAUUGGUGCUAUAAUGUGUAUGCUGAACAAAAAUAUUCCUUAAGUUUUCAUUAUAAAGCCAAAGAAUAAAGAUCAGUAAGUGUGAGCCUGUGAUAUGUUUCUUUGGUUAUGAUGAUAUUGCAAUAUCAUAUAUAUAUAUAAGUGUUUAUACAACCUGCUUGUUUUGUUUGAGUACUUGGAGUUCAAUUUGGAGAAAGAACCGGGCCGCUUGAACUGUGCUUUUGGAGGCUUUUUCUCAAACGAAACACAGAUUUAGAGGGACUAGUCACGGAGGCCGUCUGGAACUUUCUGUUGGGAGAUAAAAGCCUUGGCCAACAGGCAGGGAUCAUUUAUAUGCUGUGCCACUUGACCACAUGAAAGACAUACGUAGAUCCCUAGAUGUAUCUGUUUCUCUCGCAGAAGAUGGGAGAGUCACUGACAAUGUGCUGUGCGUUAGAGAGAAUGUGAGUGUG